AUGUCAACAUGCAAUAUCUCUCAAUCACAUAAACCAACCGAUGCUAUAGAGCAAAGCUUGCUUGAUACAAGGUCGUGGGUUAGUGCUGCUAUUGAGAAGGAGAUGGCAUAUGGAGUCCUGGUUUUCCAAAGACCCGAUAACUGGAUUCAGCUAGCCAUACUACCGAGAGAUCACGAUGGGGCAACUGUCUUGGAAACUCCACUUCUGAAGGCAAUGGAGAACACACCACUGUCAUGCCAUUUCGAGUAUAUUGAUAGCGACUCUCGAAACCUAAGGAUUUACUUCUUUACGGCAAAUGAAGAACGUCUUUCGAUCUGCACGGUAAAAUUCCGUACGCCCUUCCUUGUUGAGUGGUCAGUCGGGAGCUUUCCACAUGAAACUGGCGACACACCAACUCCAUUACCAGGAAUGGGAUUCUUCUUUAAUACAGAUGACAGUACCAUAUCUUAUGCGUCAGUUACGGGAUCACUAGUUUCCCUCAGUGAAACAGACACUGGUAAAUGGAUUGUUCACUUUAUCUUUGAGGAGUAUCCCGUCCGUCAUGGUGACCAGGUGACACAAGCAUUUAGGGUCAUGAGACCUGAGAAAGCCGAGGGCCCCUGCUUAUAUCUUCGAAUAUAUCGUCAAGGAGAAUCGACUACUGAUCAGUUCGAUGGCGUUGACAGUUGGGACAAAUUCUUCCAUCGUCCAGAUAAGGUCCAAACCAGCAAGAAGGAUAUAAAUUGGCAGGGCUUGACGAUUGACAAAAGGUCUAUUCCAUUUGCGCCGAUAUGUAGUCAAAAUCGAGUUAUCGGCUUCUUUUGCAGAACUGUUGACAAUAAGGUAUAUUUGAUAAAGGGGCAUGCAUGGCACGAUGAGCAGGAGGAUCAUAUCUAUAUUUGCACAGUCCAAUCGGGCUCCAACUUUUCUUUCGUUGAGAGUUUCAACGAUCUUUUCUUUACAUCUGUGGAAGCCAACCGAAGAUCGUCCUUCAAUCGAGAAGCAGCUCACAGCAGCUAA